AUGUGUACUAUUGCAGAUUUCUAUGCGAUGAAACAUCUUGUUGUUCUGUUGUGUUUGAUUAUUAAAAUUUUGAACGCGCAGAUCACCGAAUGCGGAACGAGUCUGAAACCGCAAAAGUUGGCUGUCGUUGGCGUUUGGAGUCGUCAAUUCGACAACACAACAUCCCAAUACCGAAUAUCCGAUGAGGAUUUGUCAGUGCGCGGCUAUCAGCGUUCCGAUGCCGACAAGGCGAGCUCGACGGUGAUGCUCGCCAGGCAUCCUGAAGGAUGCGUCGUCAGCAAAUGUGGAAUUCGGCUGACAUCGAUGAUCCAGAAGAACGGCGCCAUAUUGCACACCGACUAUGAUUUGGUACGCCAGAAUGAUGCGAGCAUGAGCAACGCGGAGGACGACUUUUAUUGCGCCCGACAAAAUAAUUCAUGCGGAGCCGAUGUGCCGAUUUAUCGGCAUGUGAAGCACUCGCUUUCGGGACCACAUUACGCCUACACGUUUGACAAUGUCGGACAAUCGCUGCCGGGCUAUGAGAAGGAGUACUUCCCAAUCUGCUACGCGUGGAAGCAGACGCCGUCGGUGGUGCUUUUCAACACCUCCGACACCGCUGUGUGCCUGACAUUGCCCGACGUGAGCAAUGGAAAAGUGGUCUACUCGAGCUCUCAAGUCAACAUCUUCUCGAUUGGCACCACCGCCAGCCUCGUGUGCGAUCAUGGAUUCGCCGGAUCUGGACAGAGCAACAUCCUUUGCACAAAUCAGGGUUGGUAUCCGACGACCGGUCUUGGGAAAUGCGUGCCGCAGCACGCCCGAGCCGCUUCUCUCGUUUCCGCGGGAAGCAGUGGCUCGUCGUGUCCGAUUCCCGAAUCAAUCCCCAACGGGAAUAUCGUCUACUCGGCGAAUGUCGCGAGCUCAACAGCCAUCAACUCGGUUCCCAACGCCACUCGCGCGACCGUCCUCUGCAAUCUCGCGUUCGUCCCAACCGCUUCGGUGACAACAUCGAGGUGCGUCGACUCGAUCUGGCAGCCGUCCUUGCCCAGUUGCGUUUCAAUCUUUGAUGUCAAAUGUCCAAUCCUAAGCGCACCAACGAAUGGCGAGCUUCUGUUCAUCAACUCGAGCCAGAAGCCAUACUCCAUCGAGUCAACGAUUACAUUGAAGUGUGCACGUAGUUAUUUCGGAAUCGGCAACAUGACAGCGACCUGCAAGCCGGGAGGAUGGGACAAAAAGAUUGGGCAUUGCGAGCCGAUCUCUUCCGGUGCCGCUUGUUCAGCUCUUCCGACGCCUUCCAAUGGAAAUAUCAUGUACAUCCAGUCAAACCCUCAAUCGCUGUAUAGCUCGGGAACAUCGGCCUAUCUGAUGUGCAAUCUCGGGAUGACCCUUCAGAAUUCGGUUUCGUCCAUCUGCCAAAACGGUGUCUGGACACCACCCAUUGGAUCGUGUGUUUCGAGUUCACUGAAUUUGGGCAACUCGGGCGGCGCUUGCUCCGAUUUGACACCGCCGAUUGAUGGAUCAAUCACCUAUUCAUCAGGAAUCGGAACCCAUCCAAGUGGAUCGACAGCGACUCUCUCGUGUAAUGCUGGAAAAUCGGUAUCGGGAGCCUUGACGAGCACGUGCUCCAACUCUGUCUGGUCGCCACCAUCACUGGGAACCUGCGGAUCAUCGUCUUCUAUAGGUCAAACCACUUGCAUGAGCCCUUAUGUAAUGAUGGGAACGCUUUCGUAUAGUCCGAACAGUGCUGAUGUGCUCAAGCCAUCAGGAACCACUGUCACCUUGUCGUGCCUCAGCGGCUAUUCGGUCAGUGGUUCGAGCACUUCGACAUGUCAAUCGGGAACAUGGACCCCUUCGUUGGGAACUUGUCAACUCGGCAACGGUGGGGGCGGUACAGGUGGAGGAACUCUUCAGUGCACAUCCAUGAUCGCACCGCUGGGUGGACAAGUCCAGUAUUCGAAUGGGGCCACUAUGGGUCCUUAUCCAAGCGGUACCACCGCAACGGCUACCUGCAGCAAUGGAGGAUCAGUACAAGGCAGCACGACAGCGACGUGUCAGAAUGGCAUGUGGUCGCCAAUGUUCUUCGGCACUUGCUCGAUCAUCGGCGGACAGAACCCCGGCCAGUGCGGGGCUCUUGUGGUCCCGACCGGCGCACAAGCAACCUACAUGCCGUUCAGCUUAAGCACCACAAGCUUUUCCGCGGGAACUGUUGCCACUGUGACUUGCACCGUCGGCGGAACACCAUUGGGCACCUCGACGUGCACCAAUGGUGUUUGGACGCCGGCGAUUACCAGCACAUGCUCGAAUAAUGGGGGAACGAAUGGGCAAUGUGUACCGUUGACGCGGCCGAUCGGAGAGACUGUGCAAUACGACGGAAGCAUCGGAAUCCAGACCAGUUACAACUCGGGAACAAUUGCAAGAGUGUCGUGUCAGAACGGUACAAGUCUCGGCCAGACCACCUGCUUAGCAGGCCAAUGGAUUCCGGCAAUCACGACGUCCUGCUCCGGAACGGGAACCGGAACCGGUGGAACCCAAUGCCUAAGCAUUAUAUCACCGAUCGGAUCACAAAUCACAUACAGCGAUGGUAGUGUCAUCCUUCAUAAUUCUGGAGUCACUGCGACAUUGAGUUGCACCAAUGGCGGAUUGGUGCAAGGCUCGAGCUCAGCUACAUGCCAAAACGGAGCAUGGACGCCAAGUCUGGGAUCCUGCAGCACCAGCGGCGGAAGCACCGGAACCGGUCAAUGCUUGUUCGCGCCGGUAGUGGCUUCUGGAGCAACUCUGACAUAUUCUUCAGGAAGUUCACCUCCGUUCAACUCAGGAACAGUUGCCACCAUGACGUGUCCGCUAGGUCAAACAGUCAUAGGCUCUUCGACGUCAACAUGCUCGAAUUCCGCGUGGAAUCCGACGUUGGGAACAUGUAGUGGAAGCGGUGGAAACACUGGAACCGGCCAAUGCACCAGUCCUCCGACAGUGCCUGUUGGCGCUACUUUGACCUAUUCUAGUGGAUACUUCGCUCCAUUCAAUUCAGGCACCACCGCAACAAUGACCUGUCCAGCCGGUCAAAAUCCAGUCGGAGCCAGCGUCUCGACAUGCCUCAACUCUCAAUGGACCCCUGCGAUGGGCUCGUGCAGCUCGUCGGGCUCCUCGACGCAAGGAUGCACGCCGAUGAGCGCGUUGAGCAGCACGCUUCUCAACGGCCAGAUGACGUACACGCCGAGCCUCUCAUCGACAGUUCCCAUCGGCACUUCGGUUAAUGUAGUGUGCUUUAGUGGCUAUCGUCUGCAGGGCACCCAAUCGGCAACAUGCACAUCGACCGGUUGGCAGCCGGCCGUUGUCGGCAGUUGUGUUCCCGGAUGCACACCAAUGAGCACCAUGAGCGGUUCGUUGCUCAAUGGCCAAAUGUUGUAUUCUGCGAGUUUUUCCCCAUCGAUUCCCAUCGGGAGCUCAGUUCAGUUAACAUGCCAAUCGGGCUAUAGGGUUCAGGGUGUUUCCUCAUCAACGUGUACCAUGACCGGCUGGCAACCAUCGGUUGUCGGCAGUUGUGUUCCAUAA